AUGAAUUCACCACAACUAUCAUCUCCACUUGAUAAAUCUUUAAAUAUUAAUUUUACUGAUCGUGUCAAUUCUCUAACUAAUCAAUUAGAAUCCCUAUCAAAAACGAAUUCAUCUCUUCAACAGAUAUUUCACAUUGUUCCCACUAUACAUCGAUUUCUUCAAAAAAGUCUUCAAUCUCAUCAAAAACUUUCCGAUGAAUACCAUGAUUUAACUAAUACAAUUCAGCAAACUAUUUCUAUUUGUACUCAAUAUAUUCAUGAUCGUUAUGAUCAUGAAAAUGAAGUUUUAUUUUUAAAAAAUAAAAUUUCACAAAUUAUUGGACAAAUUGGUUAUACACAAUAUUGUUUAGAACAAUAUUGGACAAUGAUUUAUAGUUUAGAACAAGAAAUUGAACGAUUACAAAUACUUCUUAGUAAUCCUCAAUUAUUACAAAUAAAUCGACAUAAAUUUGAAACACUUCAAGAAACGCAAAAAAUUAAAUUAGAUCGUUUUAUAAAGGAAAAUGAAAAUAUAAAACUCUUAAUUAAUAAACGAAAAGAUUCAAUUCAAACAACUCAAAAACAAAUUGAAAUAUAUAUAAAAGAAUUACAAAAACUUAAAUCUAUUUUAUCUAAAAACGAACUAGAACAGAAACAUGUUCAAAAUCACUGGGUACAAAUAGAAAAACAAACUUCUCAUCUUCAAACCAACGCUGAAAAAACCAAAAAUAUGGAAAAUGAAUAUCAAAAUCGAAUAAAAACAACUAAAAUUCAAUACAAUCAAGUAGGAAAACAGUUAAACUCUUUAUCAGAAACUUAUGAUCAAACUAAUAAAAAAUUAAUAGCGAUACAAACAAAUGAAACAAAUAUCAAGCAAGAAAUCGACAAUGCGAAACAAGAAAUCACCACAGAACAAACAUGUAUUCUAACCUAUCGUGAUCAAAUACAAAACCUUCGACAUCAUACGCAUAAACUCGAAUUAGAAAAACGACAUACUCAUCAACUUAUUAAAUUUGAAGAACAUACUAAUUCCAUAUUAGAACGUAAACAAGUGUUAUAUAAACAUAAUCAAUUAAAACUUCAAGAUCGUGUUAAGAAUCUAUUGAGACAAUUAACAGAGAUAAAUAAACGAAAUCAAAUAAAUCAACAUAUAAUUUCAACAAAUAUUCUUCAUCUUGACGAUCAACAAUAUAAAAUUACAUCAAUAAAAAUAGCGUUAAAAAAGAUUAUUCAUUUAAAUAAUAAUUUAGAAAAAAUUUUACAUGAAAAUCGUUUUAUUCGAUUAAAUGAACAAGAAAAACUUCGUUCAAUUAAACAAUUCUCAUUUCAAAAACGUCAACAACUUAUUAUACAUAAUAAACGUCUUCAUACAUUAUCUAUCAAUGAACGUCGUUUAGUUACGAAUACAAUUCGAAAUUCUUUAGAAAUAAUUCGAUUAGAUAAUAUUUUUCAUGAUUUUAAUAACACUGAAAAACAUUUUCAAUUAAAUGUACGAGAGAAAAAAACUGAACUUAUGAAUCAUGAAAAACAUCGUACUUCACUUAAUCAUUAUCUUCGUAAUCAUGAUAAUAAAAUAUAUUUUUUAACUAAGAAAACUCAAUUAAUUGAAAAUGAACUUCAAAAUAAAAUAGAUCAUUUUCGAUUACUUCAUUCAAAAUUUCAUAAACAAAAACAUGAUCGAAUGGUGCUAUCGAAUCAAAAGCAAAUAUGUAAUUAUUCUUAUCAACAAAAAUCGCGAAAAUUAAAUGAGUUACAUAAAAAACAAGAUCAAUUUGAAAAACUAUCGGAUAAUGAAAUAAAUCAUAUUAUUGAUAAAAUUGAAGAAAAUGAACAAUUAAAAGUUAAUAUUCAUAAUAUUAAACAACAAAUACUUGAUAUAAUCAGUACAAAUAAACGUCGAACAGAUGAAUAUUCAUUACUACAAGAAAAAAUUCGUUUAUCUCAACAAUUAAAUGAUAUGAUUACUCGACAACAAUAUUCAUAUCAUAGAAAUCAUUUUAUUCAUCAUAUUUUAGAUUUACAACAAGAAAAUAAUCGACUUUCGAAAAAUCUUCAAGAUUUACAAAAAAAAUCUAUAAUUACUAUUUCAUCACAUUAUAAUAAACUAGUUAAAAGAGAUGAUUUAUACCAAAGUAUAUCUCAUCAACCAUUAAUUGUUCGAAACAAUCAAAUGCAUAUUAAUAUUCAUAAAGCAUUAGAAGACUAUCCAACAUUUGUAAAUCAAUUGAUGAAGACUAUUUAUCAAUGUGUUCAUUGGAGAGAAAAACUACUAUGGAUUAAUCAACUUUAUUUUACAAAAACUGAACAAAUUCAUCAACAAAUGAGAUUCAUAUCGACAAACAACGACAUGAUCUCACGAUAUAAAAUGAAUUCAGAAAUAAAACAAUGUAAAGCAAUGAAAGCCGAACUUCGUCUACAAGCUUGUAAUACCCUCUUUGAUGUCAAUGCUGAAAUUGAAUUAUCAAAUCUUGUUAUAUAA